UUAACCUAAACCAAAAUGGGAAAGGAAAAGCCUCACAUCAACAUCGUCGUCAUUGGACACGUAGAUUUGGGCAAGUCUACCACUACUGGUCAUCUGAUCUACAAAUGUGGUGGGAUCAACAAAAGAACUAUUGAGAAAUUCGAGAAGGAGGCUGCUGAGAUGGGAAAGGGCUCCUUCAAGUAUGCCUGGGUCUUGGAUAAACUAAAAGCUGAACGUGAACGUGGUAUCACCAUUGAUAUCUCCCUGUGGAAAUUUGAGACCAGCAAGUAUUACAUGACCAUUAUUGAUACCCCAGGACACAGAGACUUCAUCAAAAACAUGAUUACAGGAACAUCUCAGGCUGACUGUGCUGUCCUGAUUGUUGCUGCUGGUGUUGGCGAAUUUGAAGCAGGUAUCUCCAAGAAUGGGCAAACCCGUGAGCAUGCCCUUCUGGCUUACACACUGGGUGUAAAACAGCUCAUUGNCAGGUGUCGUGAAAACCACCGCUUAACCUAA